AUGGCACCUUCCGAUCGUCUUAACCAGAUCAACAAGCACCUCAACUACCCAGCGGGUCUUCUCGCUGGGCAAGUAGCAAUUAUUACCGGUGCAGGUCAAGGUAUCGGCGCGGAGGCAGCUCGCCUUUUCGCCAAUGAGGGCGCCAAGGUUGUAGUAGCAGAUAUCGACGGCAAGAAGGCCAACGCGGUCGCUGACGCCAUCAAUGCCGCCGAGCCUGGUCGCGCCUUGGCUGUGGCCGGCGACGUCCUGGACAGCAACUACAUCACCGAGCUUGUAAAGCGCGCAGCCGAAUUUGGUGGUGGCAAGAUUCACAUCAUUGUCAACAACGCUGGCUUCACUUGGGAUGGUGUGAUUCACAAGAUCACCGAUAAGCAAUGGGACACCAUGCUUGCCGUGCACAACACUGCGCCUUUCCGGCUAGUGCGAGAAGCCGCGCCGUAUUUCCGGGUGAAGGACAAGGAGCCGCGGGUUGUCAUCAACAUCAGCAGUACAAGUGGUAUCCACGGCAAUGCUGGUCAAGCCAACUACGCAGUCGCUAAGGCCGGCGUGGUCGGCCUCACUCGCACAAUUGCUAAGGAGUGGGGUCCUGCCUUUGGUGUGCGCUCUAAUACCAUCGCCUUUGGGUUCGUGACUACUCGUCUUACGGCUGCCAAGGAAGAGGGUGCCUUCGUCACCACUCCCGACGGUACUAAGGUGCUGCUGGGUAUCCCUGGCAAGCAGCUUUCCAGCAAGAAGGGCGAUGAUGCUCAGGUCGAGUCUUACCCUGAUAUUCCGUUACGGAGACCGGCUAGCCCCGAAGAGGCGGCUCGGUCGAUUUUGGGUGUUGCCAGUCCAUACUUCUCUUAUGUGAACGGGGAGACAAUCCGGGUUACUGGUGGACGCAAUAUGUAA